AUGGAGUCUGGGAGGCUGGAGACCUCCGCCAGCCUGAAGCUUGAGGGCGGAAGAAGUUGGCUGCGUGAUAUUCAUGACUCCUCCGCAUUGCUGGGCGCCAUCCUGGCCGUCGUUCACCCAACACUAUAUGCCGCAGGAUGCCAGUGCUUGGGUUUGAUCCAGCAAGACCCAGAAUUGCGAGAGAUGGCGCUGAACUGGUCGUCGCCAUUCAAUGCGCUCCAGGUGAUCGCCAACCGGGAAACUCCUUUCCACCGAGAUAGCAAGACAAGAUACACCUUCUACGACCUGUUGGCGACGUUGGGCAACUACCACUUGCGCGUGGUUGAAGUUCCCCACCAUGCGUGUCGCCAUUGA